GACUCACAUCAUCUUUUCGGUUUCCAGGCAGCAGAUCAGCCCGAGGAGAGCAGAAAUCUCACGACUGGGUUGACAAACUUGACAAUGGCAUACAACAAAUUCUACAUUGUUGUCCUAUUGUUUCUGUGCAACCUGGCUGUGGUGCUCACAGAGAGCCCUGGGUCUUGCUACAGGAUCGAGCCGGGGACGAUAGCAGGCAUCAUCUGUGCAGAUUUGCUGCUGACCCUCGUCAUCGUCAUUGCCACCUACCGAUGUGCCAGCUUUCGGCGUCAGAAGAUAAAUAAUGCUGACAAAGUGUACAUGAAUGUCCGGGCCAACUGCAAGAGCUAAUCUACAGAUUGUGUAGUACAUUAGGAAAUUAUAUUCAGUAUUUCAGAUCCUGUAUGUUCAAAAAUAUAUUACAAAAUGUUUUAAAAGAUUAAUUUAACAGUUGUUAUAUUCAACUCUUUUGCAAUAAACACAGUAUAAACAGGUGUCUUUCACAUAUUAAAGUUCUGUUUAGUUCAUUACAAAUACAAUAAACAUAUAACUCUUAAUUCAUAGAACCCAUAUGACAAAACAAUCUAAUUUGACGGCACUUUUACUAUUACAUACAAUGCACUGGAUGUACAAUGUCCUAUAUAAAAGCUUUAGAAUAACCUUUUACAUUUAAAAUAUGUGUCAGACUGUUCAAACAAAACUCAAAGUGUGUAAAUUCACCAACCUUGUGAAUAAAAUCUCUGAGUGUUAAAAUGUUGUCACUGUAACAACACCAUACAGCGCCCUCUGCAGUUGACUUCUGGUAGCAUAUAAUUGUAUUUUAACAGGCCCUGAACAUUUUAUGUAAAUAUUUCCAUUAUCAUAGGAAGCAAGGAACAUUUUACAGUGCAGCUGUGUUGAUAUUGUAGGCUAUCAAAAACAUUUCAGCUUCAACACAUUAAUAGAAUAAGUAAACAUUAUGAAUAACUCGUCCAUGUGUGGAAAGAUUUAUGUUGAAUGGACUUGAUCAUUCGUGUUUUUCAGUAUUCAAUAAAUACUAUUUUUGUGCAUUUG